AUGGAGUUCGAUGGAAUCACUGCCAGCUCUCCUGGCGAUGUCGCUAAUCUGUCUGCGAGCUUCUUCCAGACAGUGUACCACUCAACUUCACCGCCCCUGCACGCUGCAAGUUUCGAUCGCAUCCAGGAGCACAACCUGAAUUUGCCAACGUUGAAUUUCCCUCCUGAUGAAGUCUUGAAAGCCUUGCAUGGUCAAGAUGCAUCAAAAGGGCCUGGAGUCGAUGGCAUUCCUCCAUCUCUGCUGAAACACUGUGCUCACUCGCUCGCUUUUCCCGUCUCUUGCAUAUUCAACCUACCAAUUCACAAAGCGGGUAAUCGGAAUCACGUGAAGAACUGCUGUGGAAUAUCCCUUCCCUGCUGCACCAGUAAAGUCUUCGAAAAGUUAGUGCACAACGCUUUGUACAAUGUGGUGCAUCCACUCAUAUCGGAGUUCCAGCAUGGUUUCGUCCAGCAUCGGUCCACAACAACGAAUUUGCUUUGCUACACAAAUACAUUGUUUCGUGAAGUCGAAGCCCGUCAGCAGAUCGACUCCAUCGACCGGUCGCCAAUUCUUCGUGUCGAUCAGCUCAGCACAGUCAGCAGUCUUCUGAGUGCAGCAGUUCUGUUCGUCAACGAUCUGUGCCCCCGUAUUUCAUCAUACAAACCAAUGUUCGCUGAAGACCUGAAAAUGUAUCGAGUAGUCAGGACAACGCUCGACUGCCUCGUACUCCAAAAAGACUUUGACGAAAUGUUAUUGUGGUGCAACGUAAACGACAUGAGAGCAAACGUGGAAAAAUGCAAGGCGAUUCAAUUCACCCGUAGGAUCGCCGCCGCAAAACAUCAGUACCACAUUGGGUCUGUGCCACAGGAGCUUGUUUUGCGCUUUAGUCCGAAGCAUCCUGGAAUACGCUGCACCUGUGUGGGCAAUGUGCCACACCACUCAUCGCUGAUCAUCAGAAUCGAACGUAUUCAGAAGUGUUUUAUUCGAUUUGCCUUGCGGAAUCUACUUAGGAACGACCCUUCUAACCUGCCUGAUUAUUCCGCACGCUGCAUGUUGAUCGGUAUGGAAACACUACGUGCGAGACGCACUCUCACUCUGCAACUCAUGAUCUUUGACCUACUGCGCAACAACAUUGACUGUCCCCAAUGUGAUGUCCUACCACUUCCAGCUCAGUUCUCCAACUCCAUACUCAACAGUGUUCCCGAAAUAACGUUUGUUGUUUUAUAG